GAGAGAGAAAGUGGGCAAAGAAAAGCACCCGGAAAGAAAGCAGAAGUCCGGCUUUUGUCUUCUUCUUCCUCCUCCUCCUCAGUUAGCUUCUUCUCCUUCCUUUCUUUAGCGUUUUGUCUUUAAAGUUCUGGGCUUUUUUUCCCCCGAUCAUCCAGACCAAGCCCUCGGUUUACGCAAUCUUCUCCUGUCUGCUCGUUUUCUCUGUCGGUCUUUUAAUUCAUAAAUUCGGCGAAAAAUCAUAGCUUUUCUGUUUUAUUGAGAGAGAGAGAGAGAGAUGUAUAAUCAAUUGGCGAUGUCUUCUUCUUCUUCGUCCUCUUACCAGGAGUUCUUGAAGAUUCUGGAAUCUGAUGUUCAACACGCAAAUACCCUGGCAACGGCUAUUCCCAUGGGGAAAGAUGGAAUGAGGCUUCAGAUGAAACUGGUUCACAAUAACUUGGCUUCACUCCUACUGUUGUUGUUUCAGUGGUUAGACUUUUCAUGCUCCUGUCUGGUUCCUCGGUAUCUAAACCUCUUCCAUGUUCUCGUCUACAAGGUGCAUUCAGAUGGACAACCUAAAUUAACCACUCAUGGAAGGAAGGCGACAAUUAGUGAGUUCUAUGGAGUCAUACUGCCAUCGCUUCAGCAACUACAUAGCAACUUAGAAGAGUUGGAGAACAAAGACAUCGGGUGUGACAUGAGAAGACUCAGCAGAAAGAUAACGAGAGAAGGUCGUAGUUUCAGAAAUAUGGCAUUAGAUCGAGAAGAGGAAUGCGGAAUUUGCUUAGAGACUUCUCCCAAGAUGGUGUUGCCCAGUUGCUGCCAUUCACUCUGCAUCAAAUGCUACCGCAGCUGGAACAUGAAAUCUCAGUCAUGCCCGUUUUGUCGGGGCAGCAUCAAGAGGGUAAACUCGGAUGACUUGUGGGUUCUUGCGGGGGAUGAGGACGUGGUGGAUGCUAAGACUGUGUCCAAGGAAGAUUUGCUUCGGUUUUACCUCUACAUCAACAGCCUUCCCAAGGAUUGCCCAGAUGCCCUUUUCUUGGUGUAUUACGAAUACUCGAAUCUGAUUUAGAAGAUGGCAAAAACCUUUGUACGGAUUGAGAUGAAAUGUAUAUACAGAAACAGAAUCCGAAUGUAGGGUUUGAGAUGGUGAAAUAUGAAAAUGCUAAAGGUCCCGUUUUUACUU